AUGUAUCUGGCUUAUACUCUUUCAUACAUUAUUGAGUCGAUCGCAUUUAGUAAUAAUUAUUCAGUCAUUGCAAGCUAUAUAUGUAUAAAGUUUGGCUGCAGAAUUGCUGCUGCUGUUGGAGCUCUUUCCGGAUCACUCUUUUUAUUUGCAAGUUCUUUUGCCACAAAUUAUUAUUUUUUUUGCAUUCUCUAUGGGACCUAUGCAGGAGUAAUCAGUGGAAUGCUGAAUAUGCCUAUUAUUUGGGCCUGCUGGGAGUUUUUCCCAAGUAAUAUUGGACUUGUAUCAAGUUUUGGAAUUUCAGCCUAUAGUUUGGGACCAACUAUAUUUGGCCUGAUAUGGACAAGCUUGAUCAAUCCAUCCAAUGAGUCGCCAUUUAUAACUUUCCCUGAGAAUAAGGAUGACGAAUCUCAGUAUUUCGGAUCUUCUGUUUAUGACAAUGUUCCUGGUGCAAUUAGAUGGAUGUCUUUAAUAUAUCUUGUGUCAUCUUUACUAGGAAUUUACAUGGUUAGAUCUCAAGGAGGAACCAAAGAAACCCAAAUGGACCAAAGGACGCUAACUCUCAAAGAUGUUGCAAAGCAAAAAAAUUUUUGGCUUCUGAGCUUGAACUGUUUUUUUAGUUUUGCAUUUUAUGCAUAUUUUGUCUCAGAAUACAAAAAUUUUGGCCAUACAAAAAUAAAGGAUGAUCACUUUUUAUCCUAUUUAGGCUCAACUGGAUUUCUGGUGGGAGGGGUUUCCAGACUUUUAUGGGGAUUUGCAAUUGAUAAAUAUGACUGGAAAAGAGUUUCUUAUGUCGCAAUUAUUUCUCAAGUGUUUAUAUGCGGCACUAUCUAUUAUAUAGCCAGUGUAAAAAUCCUUUAUUUUAUUUGGUCAACUUUAGGUUUCAUUUUUGGUAGCAGCACUUAUUUGAUUAUAAUAGUCGCUUGCAAAAUAAUUUAUCCCCAUGACGAUUGAAUCCUUUCUUGGUCAUUCUUAGGGUUCACUUUACUAGCAAUUUCUUUAUGGGGUGUUGAGCUCUUUAUUUGGCCGGUAAAAUUUAUUUAG